UCCGCGCUAAACAGCUGCUCAGCGGUGCAGCAGCUGACAAGCUGAAUUGUAAGUUUUGUUUAUUUCUAAGCAGACGUCAAUUGGUGUCUAUUAAACAUUUGCUGCAAUUUUAAGCGAGGCAUUUGCAAAAUGGAAACAGCUUUAACGCAUUGCCGCUUGUGUUUAUAUCAAGAGAAAAUAGUAAUAAGCUUGCGCGAUGACGAUGGUAAGGCUUCGUUGGAUAUUUUGACUAUCGUGCACAAAUAUAUGGGUAUGUUGCUUACUAGCAACGAUGCUAUAUGUGUAAGUUGCUGGGCUAGCGUAGACAAUUUUCGUAAAUUUUGCUUGUUGAUAGCUGAGCGACAGGUGGCGGGGGCGCAGCAAGAUACAGCGCUUAAGUGUGCAGUGGAAAAGCAAACAACAGAAAAUUUGUCAACAAACUGCAGUGGUAUAAAUAAAGCUACAAAAACCAGAAUAAUUACCACAGAGCGCAAGGAUGCAAGCUUGAAGACGGAAGAAAAUAUAAAAACGCGUUCGAAAGGUAGAUUAAAACAGCAAAGUGAAGUCGAAACACAACAGCCAGCAUAUGUAGAAGUGAGAAAUGGUGCCACCAUCAAGGCACAACUUACGUUAGAAGCGCAAGAUAACAACCUACAAAAUAAACAACAUAAGACUGAUAUACCAGAGCCAACGCUGCAGCCAAAACAAACGCAAAGAAAUACUCAUGCAGAGUGCGGCACCAACGCACUAUCUGAUACAGAGAGCGUUAUAACUGCAUCGAGCGCAGCAUAUGGCAGCACACGGCGUGGCGUUGCCAAAAGUCAGGCCGCCACCAUCAAGGCACAACUUACGUUAGAAGCGCAAGAUAACAACCUACAAAAUAAACAACAUAAGACUGAUAUACCAGAGCCAACGCUGCAGCCAAAACAAACGCAAAGAAAUACUCAUGCAGAGUGCGGCACCAACGCACUAUCUGAUACAGAGAGCGUUAUAACUGCAUCGAGCGCAGCAUAUGGCAGCACACGGCGUGGCGUUGCCAAAAGUCAGGCCGCGGAGGACAAAUUGAUAGCUAAGCACCUGCAGCUGAAAUGUCAAGUGUGCAAAUUUGAAGCGAAAUGCUUUAAAGUGCUAAGUGCGCACUAUAAGCAGCUACAUAAUAGCAACGGUUAUGUGGUGUGCUGUCAGAAGCGUCUUUAUAAGCGCGGCAUGUUAUUAGAUCACAUAAAUGUGCAUCGCAAUCCUGCAUACUUUUCCUGCAUCAACUGCGCCAUGAACUUCGCUGACCGUCUGUGCCUGCGCAAUCAUAUGCUGCUGAAGCAUCAGCAAGCGACAGAGCUGCCGCACGUCUGCGCAAUAUGCGGCGCGCGUUUUGCUAAAGUGCGGUUUCUGCAGCAACAUGCGCGUAAACACAUGAACAAUGCGGCGCAGGACGCGGAACAGCAGCAGUGCGCGCUCUGCGCGAAGAGCUUUGUGAAUGCCGCGCGCCUGCAAGAGCAUAUGAAGCGUAUACACGAUAACAGCAAGUUAUUUGUAUGCAAACACUGCGGCCAUGAGGUGAGCGGCAAGCAGUGUUAUGUGCGUCAUUUGGCGCAACACGGCGCGCAGCUUGAGUCCUCAAGCGCGCAGCGGCGCGGCGAAAGCGUACAGUGUACCGAGUGCGAUAAAUGGCUAGCGCACAAAUCUAGCCUGCGUUUGCAUAUGCAGCGGCAUACGGACAAAAAUAGCGUAUACGCCUGUCAGUUGUGUGGUACAAAAGAAGCGACGCGUGUGGCAUUAAAUGAGCACAAGCGUCUGUGCCAUGGCAUUGAGCAGCAGCAACAUGUUUGCCAGGUGUGUGCGCGCAACUUUAACACAACGCGGCGUUUGCGGGAGCACAUGACAACCCAUACCGGCGCACAUCUCUACAGCUGCAACUACUGUGAGAAGCGUUUCAAAUGCUCUUCCAAUCUAUACGCGCAUCGCAAGUGGAAACAUCCAACAGAGUGGGCGCAAGAUCAGAGCGGCAAGGCGUUAGUUGAUAAACAGUGAUAUUAAAAAAUAAUAAUAAUUUAUAAUUCUUGGCACUAAUAUCAUAUUUAAAGCUCAUUGUAA